GCAGCGGGUGUGCGCGCGUGUGUGUGUGUGUGCGCGUGUGGACGUGUAGUGCUCAUGCUGGGUUCACGGGAUGGCCUCGCCGCAGCCGCAGGAGAAGCACAUUAAAUACGAGACCGAGGCUGAAGCCAAUGGCCGUCACAAGGUUGUGAGGGCGCCUAGCGUGGGCAAUAUCCCGAGGUCUUUCAACACCCCUGGGAACUUCUCGUACGACAAACUGUGCUCAGGCAGCCGACAGCUGAGUGCGAGCCCCCAGAAGGACACGAGCAGUCUUCUGCGCCGCCAUCUUUCCAAGUCCGCCAGCGAGUUGAACCGCCGCGGGGACAUCCACCUGGAGACGGCCUCCAGUUCCUCCCCCGCCCCCGCCCAGUCAGCCUCCAACGUCCACCACCAUGUGUCCGUCGUGCAGAAGACGCACUUCUUCUUCAGCUCGCUCAAGGAACGGUGGUCGCGCGGACGCAGCAGGGAGAGACGUUCACGACGCCGGGAGGGGGUGCCGGGUGGCCCGCGGGUGGUGGAGGAGAGUCACAGUACCGACUAUGCUGCCGACAACUCUAGCGAACACAGCAGCUCUGUCACCCCCCUGACACAGUCGCCCAGACAUCGCCACAUCGGCCCUCAACCUACCCCAGACUCUCCCCUGUUGAUGGGGCACGCUCCCUCGUCCGACUCCCCGACUCCCUUAGUCGGCGACUCCCCCAAGCUCAAACAGAGGCCGUCAACUAGUGCUACUGCCACCGACUCUUCCGCCAGACUGGACUCCCUGGAACUUGGCGAGGCCACGGUAUGUAACGGGGCUGUUCACUCUGACAGUAAUGAAGAGCCCAUGGCCGACCCCUUGCAUGACGCAUGCGCAGAAAAAGAUGAACUGACGCGACAAAAGGAGUCACAACUGAGGCAGCAUUCCUUCUUCCAACUGCGGGUCCAUUUGAAGAGGGGAAAAGACUUGAUAGCGCGGGAUAAAAGCGGUACCAGCGACCCUUAUGUCAAGUUCAAAUCGAGUGGGAGGUUACUAUACAAGUCCAAGACGAUAUACAGAGAUCUGAACCCCAUCUGGGAUGAGAGUUUCAUCCUGCCCAUCGAGGACCCCUUCAACCCCAUCCAAAUCAAGGUGUUCGACUAUGAUUGGGGUCUGCAGGACGACUUCAUGGGUUCGGCCUACCUAGACCUCACCAAGUACGACCUCGGCAAACCCACCGACGUGGUGCUCACCCUGCGGGACGUGGGCAAGGCGGAGUACCUGGGGGAGAUACACCUGACCGCCACCCUCUGGCCCAAGUCCCAGGAAGAUAAGGAACAGUACUUCCAAAGAAGCGGAAAGAUCUCCGACAUCAACCGUAGACUCAAGAGUCAGAUCUGGAGCUCGGUGGUGACCAUAGUCCUGGUAGAGGGCAAGAACCUUCUCCCCAUGGACAUCGAUGGCUUCAGUGAUCCCUACGUCAAGUUUAGAUUAGGCAGUGAAAAAUACAAGAGUAAGGUGAUAUACAAGACUCUAAACCCCAGCUGGCUGGAACAGUUUGAUCUUCACCUCUACGAUGAUCAGAGUCAAGAGCUGGAGUUGACUGUCUGGGACAAGGAUCGCUCCAAGGAUGAUUUCAUGGGCAGGUGUAGUAUAGACUUGAGUCAGCUGGAGAGAGAGAAGACUCACCGGAUCAAGCAAGAGCUGGAUGAAGGUGCCGGAACCAUCUUCCUGCUGCUGACCAUCAGUGGAACCACCGCAUCAGAAACCAUCUCUGACCUCACAACCUACGAAGAGAACCCUCGUGAGCAUCAGGUUCUAGAGGAGAGAUAUGCAUUCCACAGAACGUUACACAACCUGCGCGAUGUGGGUCAUCUGACGGUGCGGGUGUACCGUGCGCAGGGGUUGGCGGCUGCAGACCUGGGGGGCAAGUCUGAUCCAUUCUGCGUGCUGGAACUCGUCAAUGCCCGUCUUCAGACGCAGACAGAGUACAAGACUCUCACACCCUCAUGGCAGAAGAUAUUUACUUUCAAUGUUAAGGACAUCCACUCGGUGCUCGAGGUGACGGUCUAUGAUGAGGACAGAGACCACAAGGUGGAGUUCCUGGGCAAGAUUGCCAUCCCAACUGGUCUGAGGAUAAGGAAUGGGGAGAAGAGGUGGUAUGCUCUCAAGGACAAGAAGCUGUACAGUAGGGCCAAGGGAAACUCUCCUCAGAUCCUGCUGGAGAUGAACGUUGUCUGGAACCCUGUGAGUAGUCCACGGACAAAAAAAGUCCACUGUUCAAGUAAUUUUCUUGAAAUAAUUAAUAGACCCAGCCCUCUUUAAUCCUCUUUUCAAGUAAU